CGUCGCGGCUCUCGUCUCCGAUUGGUUCGGGUUGGCGCGAAGGUGCGCGACUCCGAGACACGGGGGAGGCGGGAAACAAUAGCAGGAGGAGCAGGCCGGAGCGCCGGGGAUUGUGGUAAGAAGCUGGCCUGAGGAGCGGCGACGGAAGGUGUGCGCGGCAGAGGACGGAGGCUGCUUUCUGACAGCGCUAUGGCGGACAAGGAGGCUGCAUUUGACGAUGCUGUGGAAGAGCGGGUUAUCAAUGAAGAGUACAAGAUCUGGAAGAAGAACACUCCUUUCCUCUAUGACUUGGUAAUGACCCAUGCCCUGGAGUGGCCCAGUCUAACAGCUCAGUGGCUCCCAGAUGUCACCAGGCCUGAAGGAAAAGAUUUUAGUAUCCAUCGCUUGGUUCUUGGAACUCACACCUCUGAUGAACAGAAUCACCUUGUGAUUGCCAGUGUGCAGCUUCCUAAUGAUGAUGCUCAGUUCGAUGCAUCUCACUAUGAUAGUGAGAAAGGAGAGUUUGGAGGCUUUGGCUCAGUCAGUGGUAAAAUAGAAAUUGAGAUUAAAAUUAACCAUGAAGGAGAGGUAAACAGAGCUCGCUACAUGCCUCAAAACCCCUGCAUCAUUGCAACCAAAACCCCAUCCAGUGAUGUCCUUGUGUUUGACUACACUAAACACCCAUCCAAGCCAGAUCCUUCAGGAGAGUGUAAUCCAGAUCUUAGGCUUCGUGGUCACCAAAAGGAAGGCUAUGGAUUGUCCUGGAAUCCUAACCUCAGUGGGAAUUUACUUAGUGCAUCUGAUGAUCAUACUAUUUGCCUAUGGGAUAUCAGUGCAGUCCCCAAGGAAGGAAAAGUUGUAGAUGCCAAGACCAUCUUCACAGGACAUACUGCAGUGGUGGAAGAUGUUUCCUGGCACUUACUACAUGAGUCUUUGUUUGGAUCAGUGGCAGAUGACCAGAAGCUCAUGAUAUGGGAUACCCGGUCUAACAACACAUCAAAGCCUAGCCAUUCUGUAGAUGCUCACACAGCAGAAGUCAACUGCCUUUCUUUCAAUCCCUACAGUGAAUUUAUCUUGGCCACUGGGUCAGCAGACAAGACUGUUGCUUUGUGGGAUCUGCGUAAUCUUAAGCUCAAAUUGCAUUCCUUCGAAUCCCAUAAGGAUGAGAUUUUCCAGCAGGUACAAUGGUCUCCACAUAAUGAAACUAUACUGGCAUCCAGUGGCACUGACCGAAGACUGAAUGUUUGGGAUUUAAGCAAAAUUGGAGAGGAGCAGUCCCCAGAGGAUGCAGAAGAUGGUCCACCAGAACUAUUGUUUAUUCACGGAGGACAUACAGCAAAAAUUUCUGACUUCUCAUGGAAUCCAAAUGAACCAUGGGUGAUCUGCUCUGUUUCUGAAGAUAAUAUUAUGCAAGUCUGGCAGAUGGCUGAGAACAUCUACAAUGAUGAAGACACGGAGGGUGGUGUGGAUCCUGAGGGCCAGGGAUCCUAGACAUGUCUCUUCCCCUGGUGCAAUGUUGUCUCACCAGAUCAAUCUCUGUAUGCAGCACUUGGACAUUGAUAACCUUCUUGUGCUUAAAAAGUGCAAGCUGACUCCAUAUCUCCAUCACCUAAACUUGCUUUUAUUCAUCUUAGAAAAACUGUCCCUCCGUUUUAUUUUAUAUAUAAAUAUUUUAUAUAAGAAUGCGAUUUUAACAAUGCGUCCAUUACAAGAGUGGUUUUAAGCAAAGCAAGAAAAGGAUAAAUGGCAUCAGUUGUGUGACACCAUACCUUCAAGUGCAACUGUCAUUUUUGGAGUCUUGGACCAAGCUGCUUCAUGCAAACAUUCCUUAUUUUUCCACUGGAAAAGUCAACUGCUUCUAUUACAAUCAUGGACAUCUUCCCAACAGUUUCCCUCACCCGUAUUGUUGCAUUUUUAUUUGAAGUAUGUAUUGUAAUUUAGACUUGUCAUCAACUGUUUAGUUGUGCUUAACAGUUUAAAGGGAGAGCACUAAUAUCCCUUUUAUUGUGUUUAUUUGGCUGUAUGUGGUGGAUGAGCACCUCACAUAAAAUAAAUAGCUUGUUUUUCUACA